CCCUCCUCUCCUCAUUCCCUCACCUCUCGCAGCGUCCGCCUCCCCUUCCAUCUAGGGUUUCUAGGGUUUGAGAGGAGGGUUCUCGUGGGUGUCCGGCCGGCGGCGUGAGGAGAUAUGGCGGAGGAGAGGGUGACCGGGACCGUGAAGUGGUUCAACGUCGACAAGGGGUUCGGCUUCAUCACCCCCGACGACGCCAGCGAGGACCUCUUCGUCCACCAGUCCUCCAUCAAGUGCGACGGCUACCGCAGCCUCAAGGAGGGCGAGGCCGUCGAGUACACCGUCGGCAGCGGCCAGGACGGCCGCACCAAGGCCAUGGACGUCACCGCGCCCGGCGGUGGCAACCUCGCUGGCGGGGAACGUCCCGACGGAGGCCACGGCGGCGGUGGUCGCUACGGCGGCGGCGGGGGCGACCGCGGCUACGGUGGAGGCGGUGACCGCGGCUACGGCGGCGGCGGCGGCUAUGGUGGAGGCGGUGACCGCGGCUAUGGCGGCGGCGGCGACCGUGUCUACGGUGGUGGAGGUGACCGCGGCUACGGCCGCGGCGGCGGAGGCGGCUACGGUGGUGGUGGCGGCGGCGGUCGCGGCUGCUUCAAGUGCGGCGAGGAGGGCCACAUGGCAAGGGACUGCUCCCAGGGCGGCGGCGGCGGCGGCUACGGAGGUGGCGGCGGCGGUGGUUACGGAGGUGGCGGCGGUGGCCGCGAGUGCUACAACUGCCACCAGGAGGGCCACAUCUCCCGCGACUGCCCCGAGAAGAUGCGCUAGGCGCGGCGCCACCGUCGCGUCGGAUCCGGCGGAGUCCCAUGUCGUCUCUCGCCCGCUUCCCUACCCGCUCAAGGUAUCGCUCGGCUGACUCUGCCUGAAGUCGUCGGAGCCAGUUAUCUAUCAGUAGUAGCAGUGUCGUGUUUCGUUCUCGUCGAUGCUAUCGUAUCGUAGGUGGUGGUAGCAAGAAAAGCAAGCCGUAUGGGGCUAUCUUUAGUAGUUUGGAUCUGUGUUGGAGCAGUAUCAGUUUCUUUCUGUUGGAAUCGUCAGUUGUAUGGCAGCCAUUUUCAUGGAUGGCUCUGCCUAAUCUAUCAGUCAUGAACUAUCUAUAAUAUAUCAAUGCAAUCGUGUCGGUUGGCCAUUUGA